CCUGGGGGCGAUCAGAGCUGGAUUGGGUUUUGGAUUCCUCCCCUGCAGGUCGGAUCAAGUACUCGGAGCGCGUGUACGACGCGUGCAUGGACACCUUCGACUGUCUUCCCCUGGCUGCCCUCCUCAACCAGCAGUUCCUGUGUGUCCACGGGGGCCUGUCUCCAGAAAUCACCUGUCUAGAUGACAUUAGGAAAGUAAGUCAGCUCCAGGAGCUUUUCCCUCCUCUGCCAGCUCUGUUUGGGGCUGGAAAGGAACUCGAUGCUGGGCAGCAUUUGGGCUGGGCCAGGCCAGGUUUAAGUCGUGCUCUGUUUUUGUUCUGCAGGUACCGAAUGUACAGGAAGAGCCAGACCACGGGCUUUCCCUCGUUAAUCACAAUCUUCUCUGCACCAAAUUACUUAGAUGUCUAUAACAACAAGGCUGCUGUACUGAAAUAUGAAAACAACGUCAUGAACAUCAGGCAGUUCAACUGUUCCCCUCACCCCUACUGGCUUCCAAACUUCAUGGAUGUCUUCACAUGGUCCUUGCCUUUCGUAGGGGAAAAGGUCACCGAGAUGCUGGUGAACAUCCUCAACAUCUGCUCCGACGACGAGCUGAUUUCGGACGGCGACGAGACGUUGGAAGGUGGGACAACGGUGCGGAAGGAGAUCAUCAGGAAUAAGAUCAGAGCCAUUGGGAAGAUGGCACGGGUCUUCUCAGUCCUUCGGGAGGAGAGCGAGAGCGUGCUGACCCUCAAAGGCCUGACCCCCACAGGUACCCUGCCCCUGGGAGUGCUCUCGGGGGGGAGGCAGACCCUGCAGACCGGUGAGUAUCCCUGCCCCUGCACUCCCCCUGCCCCAAAUCCCCUGGAGCAGCUCCCACGGGCGGCCUGGGGGCUGCCAGGGGACCCCAGCCAGGCUUCAGGCCCGUGGGGAGGAAGGAUUCCCAAGCAGGAGCAAGCAGAGGUGUAGGUGGGGGUGUGGAGAGAUGCCGAGAUGUCCCCGUGUACCCUCGAGGAAGAAAACCAGCAGCACCCCGCCUAAAGCAUGUUUGGCGCUUAAUCGUUUGUUCCUGCAACAAGUUUUUAUCCUUUAUUUCCCUUCUAACGCUGCAUGGUGCACAUCCUCUGCCUCAGCUCGCUGUGCUGCUGCUGUGUGACAGCCUCUGUGUGAAUGUGACAGUGACACGGCCUCUGUGUGAAUGUGACAGUGACACAGCUGCUUGUUUGUUCUUCGUUCAACCAGACCCCUCCCGGUCUGCCCCUGUCAAGCCAUGAAUCCCAAAAAAGGAACGAGGUUGCUCCAGGGCUGGGUGGUUCAGAACAAUCUCCUCUCGGGUUUUGAGGUAGUUGUGGAGGUUUCUUCUCAAAUUCACUGCCUCCCUCAGCAGCUCAGGGAGCAGCAAAGAGCGAAGGAUCUGAUUCUUCCCACUCCCAGGGAGAGUGGGAAUGAGCUAUCCCAGAGGGAAUCCUGUAAUCCAGUGUUUAAAUCCUCCCCUGCCAUCGGCCUUUGAAGCCUGGCACCUCCCCAGCUUCCCCCUUCCCAUGGACACGGGGAUUUCCUGCAGCUCUCCCCAGGUCUGGGCUGAGGAUUGCCUGGAUUAAAUAGUUCACGAGUCAGAAACGUGGAAAUACCACUGCCUGCUCCCGGGGAGGAUGCAGCAUCGCUCCCAAGCUCACGGAUUUCUCUGCCCACAGAGGAGGAUGGGGAUUUUUUCCCUGUUUUUAUAGAAACCAUCACAGCCCCGUCGCCCCAGUUCUGGGAGCAGAGCCUGAGUGGGAAGGUGGCUGUUGCAGCAGCUCUGUCCCUGUAUCCCGACAGCACAGGGUCAUGCAGUGACGUUCUCCAGCACCUCCGCCUCUCAGGGGGUUCUCUCAGGGGUGCCAGGGAUCUCCCCUCCCCCAAAAUAAGCCUCUCCCCAGGACAGAACAAACAAGCUGGGCCUUUGCUGCUGCCUUACCCGCCCUGCCCGCCGCCUGCAGGCUCCCCCCGCUGCCCUCGGCAACUCCCGGCUUCUCCUGCCCUCCUCACCCCCUUUCCCUGUCCU